GGACAGGAGGAGGGCAGCGAGUCCCGCUCUCGGAGGCUCACUGGCCAUGGCCGGGCUGCCAGGCUGCCCUGUCACCCACGGUGGAGUCUGGCACCCACUGGCCCGGCCCUGGGCAGCCUGGUGGCUGGCGAUGUCUGGAGGGAGGCACAGUGGCACCCAGGGGUCAUUCACAAUGACUGAGGCCGAGCCCAACGGGCCCCUCGGCACCAAGCCUGGUGCACUGCCCGGGACUCCAGGUGAGAGGUGUGCCUGUGUCUCUUCAGGCUUGUCGGUGCCAGAGCCUCCUGCAGCCAUGGAGGAGGAGGCGGAGCGGCCGUCUCUGGAGGCCAACGCGGAAGCUGCUGUGACCUCAGGAGCUUCGGAGGGGGUGCCCCCCGAAGAACCCCAGAGCCUGUGCUCGUGUCCCCAAGAUCACUCAGUGCUGGGCAGCAGGGGUGGGCAGCUCCCAACUGACGUGGACGCUUUCAACCUGCUUCUGGAGAUGAAGCUGAAGAGGCGGCGAGAACGACCCAAACUGCCACGCACGGUGACCGAGCUGGUGGCCGAGGACGGGAGCAGGGUGUACGUGGUGGGCACGGCCCACUUCAGCGAUGACAGCAGGAAGGACGUGGUGAAGACGAUCCGGGCGGUGCAGCCCGACGUGGUGGUGGUGGAGCUGUGCCAGUACCGCGUGUCCAUGCUGAAGCUGGACGAGCGCACGCUGCUGCGCGAGGCCAAGGAGAUCAGCCUGGAGAAGCUGCAGCAGGCCGUGCGGCAGAACGGGGUCAUGUCUGGACUGAUGCAGAUGCUGCUGCUGAAGGUGUCGGCCCACAUCACGGAGCAGCUAGGCAUGGCCCCUGGCGGCGAGUUCAGGGAGGCCUUCAAGGAGGCCAGCAGGGUGCCCUUCUGCAAGUUCCACCUGGGCGACCGGCCCAUCCCCGUCACCUUCAAGAGGGCCAUCGCGGCUCUGUCCUUCUGGCAGAAGGUCAAGCUGGCCUGGGGCCUGUGUUUCCUGUCGGACCCUAUCAGCAAGGACGACGUGGAGCGCUGCAAGCAGAAGGACCUGCUGGAGCAGAUGAUGGCGGAGAUGAUCGGCGAGUUCCCCGACCUGCACCGCACCAUCGUCUCGGAGCGCGACAUCUACCUGACCUACAUGCUGAGGCAGGCUGCCCGGCGCCUCGAGCUGCCUCGCUCCUCCGACGCUGAGCCCAGGAAGUGCGUCCCCUCCGUGGUAGUGGGCGUCGUGGGCAUGGGCCACGUCCCCGGCAUUGAGAAGAACUGGACCACCGACCUCAACAUCCAGGAGAUCAUGACCGUCCCCCCACCGUCCAUCUCCGGCAGAGUGUCCCGGUUGGCCGUGAAGGUCGCCUUCUUGGGCCUGCUGGGCUACGGUCUGUACUGGAUGGGGCGCCGCACAGCCAGCCUGGUCUUGUCGCUGCCCGCCACCCAGUACUGCCUGCAGAGGGCGUCCUCAGCCCGGCCAAACAAGUAGGAAGGACCAAGGGAGCCACCGCAUCCGAGGGGCCACCUGUGGCCGCUCUCCUGUACCAGCUGAGGGGCACAGGGCCGGCUAACCCCCUGAGGAGCUCCUGGGCACUACCCCCAUGGGGAUGCAGGCCCUGACCCACCCAAAUAAAGAAUUAUUUAACUGCUCUGAGCUCAGGCUUCCCAGCCCCACCCCACCCCCAGGGGCCUUUCAGGAGGUUCUUGGGCAUCAGGACAAGGGUUGAGGGAGGGGCUGAGGUGCACUCCGCCCCUCUGCCCCCAGGCGGUGGGGUGUGCUGGGCCACUGCCAGCCAGCCCCCCCCUCACUGUGCCUUCAAGCUGGGGGCCAGCGGCAGGAGCAGUCACGGUGGGCUCUGCGGUUUGGAGGGCCAGCACCCCUGCAGCUCCGGGCUGCUCCUGGGAGCCUCCCAAAGGGCGGGUUGGCCAGACCUGUGCCAGCACCGCUCUGCCCGCAGAUUGUGUGUGGGGCUUUUUAAAUUUGUGAAAAUUUUUACUCAGGUAAUUUUAACUUAAAAUAAACUGAAGCAAAUGUCAGGAAAUACUAGCCUUAAAUCUGGUUGGGACAGAAGGUGUCUUUUCCCUGGUGUCUUGGUCCCGAGAGGGCGAGAGGGCGAGCAUGCGGGCAGGUUGAGCCUCGGCCUUGGCAGUGAGUGCAGGGACACACCCCUCAGCGGACACACCACGGCACCAGGAGUGUGAGCCCGCCUCGGCCAUGAGGGCCAGGCCUGCUCCCUGUGCAUGGGGUGGGGGCCAGACCCGCUCACCUCCGUGGGCAGACGGCGUGUGUCCACCAGGGCUCUCCAGUUCACACGUGUGCCAGCAGGCGCCCUCCGCCCUCCUGGGCGCUCGCCUCGGGUGGUGCAGACGGAGGCCCCAGGUGGGCCAGCCCUGCACAGCCCUUCUGCCUCGGCCGUCAUCCGUGUUUGUAGUCGCUUGGUUCCAGUCGUCUGUACGAUGUGGUGUCCGUGUGCCCGUCUGGGCCGUGUGAUUGUGUGGACUCGGUGUUUGACUAAGACAAACCUGCGGCCCUGCGCCGGGCCUGGGAGCCUUGGGCUUGGCCAUGCCCUUCCUGUCACUCACAGCUUGUG